CAACAAAGACCAAUCAUCGUCAUCUUUUCUCAUCGGAUAAGAGAGAGAAUUGCCUCUUUACUCACACAGGGAGAUAUGGCAACCGCUGUUUCGUGCUCAUGGGUUACCCUUUCCUCCCAAAUGAAGAACAUUUCUCUCACUUCCUAUUCCCAUCCCAUUUCCAAUUCCAGUUCUCUCAGUUUCUCCAAAAGCCUCUCUCUCCCUCUCUUCUCACAAGGUAACUGCUUGCCGCUGAGCACAGUGCAAAGACGCGCGUCUGUGGUUUGCGAGGCUGCCCCGAAGAAAAAGGUGGACUCCGCUGUGAAGAGAGCUCGCCAAGCCGAGAACCGCCGCAUUUACAACAAAGCUCGUAAAUCUGAGAUAAAAACCCGUACCAAGAAGGUUUUGGAAGCUCUGGAAGUUCUGAAGAAGAAACAAGAUGCAGUAUCCGGAGAAAUCCUCCCUAUUGAGAAGUUGAUUGGAGAGGCAUACUCAACAAUUGAUAAAGCUGUGAGAGCAGGAACACUGCACAGGAACACUGGAGCAAAUCGAAAGGCUCGACUUGCGCGAAGGAAGAAGGCGGUGGAGAUCCACCAUGGCUGGUAUAUCCCAGUUCCCGAAGCCACUGCAUGAACCAAUCCUAUUGCUUGUUUACUUCGGGUAAAAUGAGGUGCCAGUGAAGACUUUCUGCAGAUUUUUUCAUCUCUGUUCAAACAUUGUAUUUAGUCUUCCUUGGUGUUGUUCAAAUUGGUUUACAAUUCCAUACUUCAUGUGUACCAUCAUUAUAUAGAGCCAUUGAUUUGAACAACAUCCUCGUAAUUUGCCUUUGUUGUACUUUUUUCCAUGUUUUAUAAUGCAAUGCCUCCAUAAACUUAA